AUGGCAUUGACAUCAGCACGUCUUCCUGUAUUACACAAUAAUACAUUGGCAAAUAUGAAACUAUUAGCAUAUAGUACAAUACGUGCAAUAUGUACCACAGCAAUUAAUUAUUCGGAUUUAACUCAUUCACAUGAAAUGUCAGAACAAGAAAUAGCAUUAUAUAAAUUAUACAGACCAGAACGUGUAACACCUAAAAAACGUGGCAUAGAUUUGCUAAAUGAUAGCCGAAUUAAUAAGGGAAUGGCAUUUAGUUUGUUUGAACGACAAUAUCUUGGAAUACACGGAUUACUUCCACCGGCAUUUAUGACCGACGAACAGCAAACAUAUCGUAUAAUUACUCAACUUCGACAACAACCCAAUGAUUUAGCACGAUAUAUACAGUUGGAUGGUUUGCAGGAUCGUAACGAAAAAUUAUUUUACCGACUUCUAUGCGAACAUGUCAAUGAAUUGAUGCCAAUUGUUUAUACACCAACUGUUGGUUUGGCUUGUCAAAAUUUCGGUUACAUUUACCGAAAACCAAAAGGUCUUUAUAUAACAAUCAAUGAUAAUAGCAUCAGCAAAAUUCAUCAUAUCUUAUCUAACUGGCCAGAAAGUGAUGUUAGAGCAAUUGUAGUAACAGAUGGAGAGCGUAUACUUGGUUUAGGUGAUCUUGGAUGUUAUGGUAUUGGAAUACCUGUUGGGAAACUUGCGUUAUAUGUUGCUCUUGGUGGUGUGCAACCAAAAUGGUGUCUUCCUGUUCUGUUGGAUGUUGGAACGAAUAAUGAAGAGCUUCUGAAUGAUCCAUUUUAUAUCGGAUUGCGUCGUAAACGUGUCCGUGGAGCUGAAUACGAUCGACUUAUCGAGAACUUUUUCUUAGCUUGUAGAAAAAGGUUUGGACAAAAAGUGCUCGUUCAAUUCGAAGAUUUUGCCAAUCAGAAUGCAUACCGUUUGUUGGAUAUCUACAGAAACAAGUAUUGCACAUUCAAUGAUGACAUACAGGGAACUGCAUCUGUUGCAGUAGCUGGUCUUUUAGCUUGCUGGAAGUAUACUGGUAAAUCACUUGCAGAGGGAAAAUUUGUUUUCUUGGGUGCUGGAACUGCUUCAAUGGGUAUUGCUGAAUUGUGUGUAGCAGAAAUGAUAACAGAAGGUUUAACAAAACAACAAGCAUAUGAUCGUAUUUUUUUAAUGGAUAUUGAUGGAUUGAUCACAAAAAAUCGGAAAAAUCUAAGCGAUUUACAUAAACCUUAUGCAAAAGAUUUACCUGAAACAAAAAGUUUACUAGAAGUUGUAAAGAAAGUGAAGCCAUGGGGUUUGAUUGGUGCCUCGACAGUACGUGGCGCUUUCACUGAAGAAAUUGUUCGCGAGAUGGCAUCAAUUAAUGAACAUCCCAUUAUUUUUGCACUUUCAAAUCCUACAAAUAAAGCUGAAUGUACAGCGGAAGAAGCUUACCGUUGGACUGAUGGAAAAGUAUUAUUUGCUAGUGGUAGUCCAUUUCCAAAUGUGGAGUAUAAUGGAAAAAUUUUUAAGCCAGGUCAAGGAAAUAAUGCAUACAUUUUCCCAGGUGUAGGCCUCGGUGCUAUCCUUUUCAACGUGCGUCAUAUUGAUGAUGAGACAUUUCUGAUUGCUGCUCAUGAGGUUGCAAAUACUGUGACAGAUAAAGACUUCAAACUAGGCCGCUUGUAUCCACGAUUAAAUCGCAUUCGUGAAUUAUCUGUGAAAAUAGCCCUUGCGGUUGGUGAACAUGCAUAUAAGAAAGGUAUGGCAGGUCUUUAUCCGAAACCGAACGAUAUGGAACAUUUUGUGCGUUCCCAAAUUUACCAGACAACAUACGAUGAAUUAAUCAAUGUUACAUAUGAAUGGCCAGCUCAUGAUAUGAAACAUGGUUUUCCGGUACCAGUUUCACGUCGUGAAAGUGUCGACGAAUAG